CUCCUGGACAUUGGCUUUUGAUUAGUUAAUUUUUCUCAAAGCUCAUAAUGAUUUUCUUUUUCUUUUUCUCAGUCAACAAAACCAAUGAGAAUAAAGGAAGAAGGGGAAAAAAAACCCUUCCAUUUGAUAAGACUCCUUUUUCAUUCCAUUCUUUUGACCAUCUUCGGCUUGUUUUUAAUCUGACCUUCCAGUUUCCACUCUAUUUCAUGACAUGUAACCUGUCUUGUUCUUCAAUGUCGCUAUUACAUACGAAGUUAUGAACAUCUAUAACUAGUUUAACUCCAUUUGCUCAACUUCCAAGCUACCUCUUUUGCUUAAGAACAAUAAAAAGCAUAAACAUCCAACUUCAAAAGUACUUUAGCUUGGCAGAUACAUGGCAAUACAGUUCUCGUUUGUCGUAUUGCCUUCUGUUUCUCAUGACAGUACAGAAGGAGGUUGGCCGCUGGGAUUGCAGCCCCUGAAUGUGAGACUUGGAUUGGCUAGAAACCAUGAUUACUCUGGCUCAAUUUCAUUCAACACUACACUCACUGCUUCUCCAACUUCCUCUGCAGAUUCCUCUUCUGAUCUAGACACACAGUCGACGGGGUCUUUUUUCCAUGACAAGAGCGUUACACUUGGGAGCCUCAUUGGUGUUUCUAGCAUUUUGGAAAUAUCUAAAAGAUCUGUCAAAGGUAGGAAAAUCGAAGCCCCCAGAGAAAAAAGAAGCAACACCAAUAACAGGUCAAAAGUUGGGCUAUUUUCCUUGUGCUCAAGGGAUAGUACUGAUGCUGAGGAUGUUGAUGCACCAUCGCUCGGCCACUUCCUCACAGAGAAAAGGAGGGCCGCCGGUGAAUAUAGAAGGACCCACAGUCCUACCACUACUGCCUAUGGACCGGAUGAGCUUGCCUUGGCUCAGCCUAAUUCAGAAUCGAACACGCUAUUUGUUAAUGGCUGCGUCGCUCCUCCUCGAACAAGUUCUUGUCACGCUGCAGAUGAUGAUAACAAUUAUGGAGUUCCAGUGCUGUUUUCAUGCAUGUGUGGACAGCCCUCCCUCUAAAUAUGCCUUGCAUUGGCACCUAACUUGUUGGUCUCAUAUAUUCUGAUUGAGUUUUUAUGUAUGUGUUAGGAACUGUUAAUGUUCAUUUCCUUUGUGAUUUCUUCAUUUUUUUUCUUCAGUUUUUAGCAUAGAAAUGGAAUCACUCUUCCUUGAAUCUUGAUCACUUUUAAUGCACUUAACAUUUGAGUGUUUAAUAA